AUGAGACUCAAACUGCCCUCCCUCACCAUCUCCCUACUCACUGUAAUAUUCCUAAUUUCCAUUUAUGCUCUGAUGAACGCGCGGCCCAAACCCGACCCCAUCAUGUCGGAAGACGAGGCCGGGGAGUGCCUGAACUGCGUGCACUAUCUCGCCCGUGUCGAAGACAGGGUGCAGAAGUUUAAAAAUUCCACGGAGAACCCGCAGUUAUUCCAAUACGCGCUGCAGGUGUCCUGUCGUGGCCUGCUGUACCGCGGUGGCCACUGCGUCAAGUUCAUGCACGAGUUUCGCAAGGAUUUGCCUCGUUUAAUGCACACCGAGGACCCGUAUGAAGCCUGUGUUUCGAUUGCGUCAUGUCGAUGA